CACGACCUCCACUGUGCCAGCUUGGUCAUAGCACCUGACGGGUCUUUCCCAUAUACCCUUUUGCUUCUCCCUCUCUGUCCCUCUCAGUGUCGUGCUCGCCUUUCUCCUCAUCACCCUCAUCUAGUAAGCUACAACAGCUCCCUCCGCCUACCAGUAUACAACCUGUUCCACUCGAGAGACGCAUAAGACUCGUCUCUUCCACCAACACAGAAUACCGCGUGCCAGACCAUCCUACACAAAGGCUGAACAGAGACAGCCUCGAUCGGCCAUGGCAACCCUUGCCCCAUCCAACACACAUAUGAGGCAACCAUUUGGGGUGUUGAACGAGUCCAAAAUUCGUAGUCUCCAAAGUGUAAAGAAUAGACAGAAUGCCACCAGCUCAAGUCCAGCACCAUCUCGCAAACGACGAGCCGUCUCUCCUGAAAUCUCGGAUUCUGAGAAUGUCGAUCCAAACUUGCUCGAUUCCCUACACAAACGUAAACGGUCGACAUUUGACGAUGAUGUCCAUCUUCACAAGCCACGGUAUUCCCUGAACAUCACCUCGACAACUCCCAAACGCCAUCUAGACAGCCCACUCAUGUCCACACCACGGUUAAAUACAUCGAUGAAGCCAACUAGUGCUCCCAUGUCAGCGCCUCCCGCAGCUGGUCGAUCGCCUACCCGAAGACGGCCCACAGGUCUGCUCAACGCAAAGAAACGCUUUGCUCAACCGUCCUUCGGCGCAACAUCGUCCAGCCUUUCAAUCUCAGCUGCUCUCAGCGGCACACUGGCGAGCCGCAAGACUCGCAACUCAGUUUCGACGAAAAAAACUCUAGACUCAAGACCAAACUCCUGGUUCUUUGAUAUCUUUGAAGAGACUGAACAAGUCCAGGACUAUCGUAUGAAUGAGUGGACAAUGACAGAGUCGGCCUAUAGCUUAGACAUAUCCGACGAUGAAAAGAAAGGCAAAGAGGGUCUCGACCGAGGCAAGGAAAAUGUCGAUCCAAAUGAAAGCUCCGCUCCAGUCACUCGAUCCAUGGCUGCUGCUGCCGCUGCUGGGACAAACUCUCUUGCCAAGUCUCGAGCAUCAAAGAGAUCUCCGGACGACAUGGUCGACGAUCGCAUCCCUCUUGGCGACCUGAACCCGACCGAGUAUUAUGGCGAAGGUCUCGACGCCACCUCGGUAGUUCUGGUUCAUGACGACGCGGCUGUGUCCGAACCCGAUGUGCCAAGAUCGCUCGUCACGGCAGAGAAGGAGUUUACAUUUUUAGCCGCAGUGACAACCGCCACGGCGUCUUCGUCAAUGUCUCUGACGGCCCAGGCCAUUGAGACCUUGGACACACCAUCUAUCAGCCAAAUUCUCAGCUCCGCAUCGCCGGAGGGAACCCUGUUGAUGGCCAAGGUUGAUGACAACAUCCAACCCGCGGGUUCAGAGACCAUGGACCAUGCGGACAUUGAGAUCUGGGAGAGUGAAAGUGCAAAGGAUGAAACCGAGCAGCCUGAGUGUGAUCACCUUUGUGACCAGGGUUCAGUUGACCACGAGCAGGCGUUUGCUUUGGCGGAACUGUAAAAGGAUCACCGCCCGGUCCACUUUGCGUUUCUGUGGGACCUUGCACAGCUUUUUACUGAAGGGACACCUCCUUUAAACCCAUCACAUCUUCCCUCCCCCCCGUCCUCAGCACACAUGCAUUCUUCUAUCCACUCACCCAUUCUUCGCUUCAGGCAUUGCUCGUCCAAGUUGUCCUGUACGUCAAUGCCAGUGCACAAAGGCUGGUUCCUGUAGAAGUGUGGAAACUUUGCAGACUAAGGGGCGUAUGGAAGGAAGUCUUGAGUGUUUUCGUUUUCUUUGGGAGUGUGGAAAUGCAUCUAUCUGUCUUCGGUGUGAUUCUCAAAGUUAAGCUAUGGUUGACCCUUGAAUUGGAUUGUUUGAAACAAUGACUUGAGCUGAAUACGGGAGUCGAAU